CUUACGCCGUCAACAGGGGGGGGGCAUUCAUCGGCCUUUCAGCACUGACUGCAGAGGGGGAGAAAGAAGAAGCUGGUCUGUCAGGUCAGGUGGACAUUAGUUCGUAGCCCUCCCACGUAAGCGAUGGACAUUGUUGUGGUUUUGUGCUGCUCUCUCGGUGCUGCUUUUGGGGGUCUCGUCUUCGCAGUUUAUAAGCUUGGUUUACUGUAUCAGCUAUUUCAUAAGACAGAGAGAAAGAAUCCUCGGCAUGGAGGGGAGAGUGUGGCAGAGGUCCUGCGGGCUCAUGGGGUCAAGUUUGUCUUCACAUUGGUGGGAGGACACAUCUCGCCCAUCCUGGUGGCCUGUGAGAAACUGGGAAUCCGCAUUGUUGACACACGCCACGAGGCCACAGCUGUGUUUGCUGCUGAUGCUGUGGCAAGACUCUCUGGCACAGUCGGUGUGGCCGCAGUAACAGCAGGACCAGGCCUAACCAACACAGUGACUGCAGUGAAGAACGCUCAGAUGGCUGAAUCACCACUGCUUCUUAUUGGUGGUGCCGCCUCUACUCUACUGCAGGGUAGAGGUGCCCUACAGGAUAUUGACCAAAUGUCGCUCUUCAAGCCCCUCUGCAAGUUCUGUGCUUCUGUGAGGAAUGUGAGAGAAAUUGUUCCCAUUGUAAGAAAAGCUUUGGCCAUCGCACAGUCUGGCACACCAGGCCCUGUGUUUAUUGAGUUUCCCAUAGACACGCUCUACCCUUACCAUGUGGUGGAAAAAGAGUUUGCCCCUAAAAACACUCCCAAAGGACUGAUGGGGAAAAUCAUUGCAUGGUAUCUUCAGAAUCAUUUAACUAACUUGUUUGCUGGAGCUUGGGAAACCCGUGAUUUGUCCCCACUUCCUGUUCACAUCCCUCAGGCCACAGAUGAUGAGAUCCAAAGGUGUGUGGAAUUGAUAAGCAGAGCCAAGAAACCUGUCAUACUGUUAGGCAGCCAGGCAACCUUACCCCCUACACCUGUGGACGAUAUCAGAAAUGCCUUAGAAUCGUUAGGUAUUCCCUGCUUCCUUGGUGGAAUGUCCCGAGGCAUGCUGGGAAAGAACAGUCCACUGCACAUCAGACAGAACAGGAGAGAUGCCUUGAAAGAUGCUGACCUUGUGCUGCUGGCAGGCACUGUGUGUGACUUCAGACUGAGUUAUGGACGGGUGCUGAACAGACGGAGUAAAAUUAUUGCGGUCAACAGAGACAAAAGUCAGCUGUUGAAGAACUCAGACAUGUUUUGGAAACCAACAGUGGCCAUUCAGGGCGAUGCUGGCUCUUUCCUCCUGUGUCUCUCAAAAGCCCUAAAGGGCCACAAGUGCCCAGAGGAAUGGGCUCAGAGCCUAAAGGAGGGAGAUCACAUCAAAGAGAAAACUAACAGAGCAAAAGCAGUUGAGAAGACCGAGAGGCAUCUGAACCCUCUGAAUGUUUUGCACCGGGUGGAUGAGCUGUUGGCUGAUGACAGCAUCAUAGUGGCUGAUGGGGGGGAUUUUGUUGGCAGUGCUGCAUACAUCAUGAGGCCGCGGGGCCCACUGCGCUGGCUGGACCCAGGGGCUUUUGGGACUCUGGGUGUGGGAGGAGGAUUUGCACUGGGUGCAAAACUUUGUCGACCUGAAUCCGAGGUAUGGAUCGUUUAUGGUGAUGGUUCCCUUGGGUACAGUGUGGCUGAAUUUGAUACCUUCACUCGACAUAAGACCCCAGUGAUUGCUCUGGUGGGAAAUGAUGCAUGUUGGAGUCAGAUCUCCAGAGAACAAGUGCCUAUGCUCGGGAGCAAUGUAGCCUGCGGUCUUGCCUUUACAGAUUAUCAUAUUGUAGCCGAUGGUUACGGGGGCAAAGGCUACCUAAUUGGGCGAGAGGAUGAGUCGCAUCUUGAUGAUAUCAUCAAAAAAGUCCAGAAGGAGUGCAGAGAAGGAAAGGCAACUCUGUUAAACGUUCUGAUUGGGAAGACCAACUUCAGAGAUGGUUCAAUUUCAGUUUAGAGCGACACUGGCUGUGUCUUGUUUGGAAAGCUGCGUGCUAGGUAGGAUGCGUCCUUUGAAGGCUGCAGUAUACUGAGUGUCUUCCUUUAAACAAGCCUUGUUUAAACAAGAUGUCCUUCAUAGGACAAACGGAAACAGAACGUAACACAGUUGCUAUGACAGCACGCCACUCUUUAACAAGCACCAGCGCUUUAAGUGAGAAGGGAACAAAGUCCCUUUAGAAAGGAAUGUAUGAGGUACAUUUUAGGAGAUUUAUAAUGAUGUUAAGAGAAAAGAAAAUAGAUUUUACAGGUGUAUUUUAGUCCAAUACUUUAUUUUAAUUAUAUAUUUAUAUAAUUAUACAUAUUAUAUAAUCUGCACCAUCUACUGAGGUACUUCAACUUGGGAAUUAACAUUACUUGCGUUUGAACAUCAUAAUUAUUGGCAAAUUGGCAUAAUUAUUUUAGACAUUUCCGUUGAAACAAAGAAUUGUGGGUUAUGAGUGCCCAUGAAGGAUACACCUCAUCCAUUCUGUAAAUUCCUGAAGGUCACAUUCGAAGUGUCCGACUCGCUUUUCUGAAACGAGACCGCCUCUAUGACGUAUGCGGCCGACAAAUGCGACAUCCGGAGGACGCAGCCUUCCAAACAAGACACAGCCAAUGUGCACCAUCAUGUCUAGAAACCCAAAGUCUUUAUAAUAUACUGUAAUACACUUACUACAUUUUACAGAUUUUGUUGAUUUGAAAAGAAAUCAAAUGAAAGUUGAGUAGUAAAUUGUUCCAAAACAUGUGCCAUCUGUGUGAGUUGUACUACUUUUCUUCAGGAUCCAGGACAGUUUUUCUUUUUUUUUUUUUUAAGUAAAACUACUCAUGUGUCCUCUUCAUUGAACUGAAAAGGAUCACAGUGCCUUUGUAUUGUCCAGCACUUUGAAAAGGUUUGAAGUAUGGUGGUCCUGUAAAUAUGUAUUUAAUUUUCAAAGCAUACAUUAUAAAUGUAUGAUUUUAAUCAUAGUAAUAAUACAAAUGAAUUGGGUUGAAUUUUUGUAAUGAUUUGAACUGCCUACAAUUGUGUUCCUGUUAUUGCUGAAUGUUAAUAUCUGCAGUUGUUGUGGACACUAGUGUCUCCCUAAUAAUUGAAUCAAAGGGAUCUAAGUUUAUUUAUCAAGAAGUGUGAAUAUUUUAGCCAAAGUAAUAUCCUUAAAAUAGUUUUGCUGCUAAAUGAGACCUGUGUAAACCGUUAUGCCUCUUCUCAGGUUUGUGAUUGAUCACUCCAACAUCACCCAUUUAGGUAUGGCUACAUAAUUUAUCCAAAAAUGUUUAUGCAAUAAAAUGCUGAAAAAAGCCA